CGUUAGCAACACUUUUAGGUGCGGAAGUUUGUCAAGUGGAAGAGAAAAAUGAGUCGUCUCGGAUAAUGUUUAAAGUUCCAUUUAUUUUUAAUUGAUUUAGUUAUUGCUGCAUCAAUAAUUAAUAUUAAUUUUACAUAAAAUGGCUGCUGAAAAAGUAACUUUAGCUGAUGCUCUUUCAAAUGUUGAUGUGUUAGAUGAAUUACCUCUGCCAGAUCAACAACCCUGCAUAGAAGCUCAGCCUUGUAGUAUAGUUUAUCAUGCAAAUUUUGAUACUAACUUUGAAGAUAGAAAUGCAUUUGUUACUGGAGUUGCAAAAUACAUAGAAGAAGCAACAGUACAUGCAGAAUUGAAUGAAAUGCUAGAGGAAGGUGAAGAACAUGCUGUUAUGCUUUAUACUUGGAGAUGCUGUUCUAGAGCAAUUCCUCAGAGAAGAGCAAUUGAACGUUUUGGAGCUGAAGUUAAAAGACUCUGUCACACAGAAAAGAGAAAAGAUUUUGUUUCUGAAGCAUAUUUAUUAACCCUUGGAAAAUUUAUUAAUAUGUUUGCAGUGCUAGAUGAACUUAAAAACAUGAAAUCUAGUGUAAAAAAUGAUUAUGCAACUUAUAGAAGAGCUGCUCAGUUCUUGAAAGUUAUGGCUGAUUCACAAGCAUUGCAGGAAUCACAGAAUUUAUCAAUGUUUUUGAGAAGAGCAAUUGAACGUUUUGGAGCUGAAGUUAAAAGACUCUGUCACACAGAAAAGAGAAAAGAUUUUGUUUCUGAAGCAUAUUUAUUAACCCUUGGAAAAUUUAUUAAUAUGUUUGCAGUGCUAGAUGAACUUAAAAACAUGAAAUCUAGUGUAAAAAAUGAUUAUGCAACUUAUAGAAGAGCUGCUCAGUUCUUGAAAGUUAUGGCUGAUUCACAAGCAUUGCAGGAAUCACAGAAUUUAUCAAUGUUUUUGGCAACUCAGAAUAAAAUAAGAGACACAUUGAAGGAAAGUUUGGAAAAAAUUCCAGGCUAUGAAGAAUUGUUAGCAGAUAUAGUAAACAUUUGUGUUUAUAUGUAUGAGUACAAAAUGUACAUGCUGCCAAGCGAAAAGCAUAUGCUUGUAAAGGUAAUGGGAUUUGGACUGUUUCUUAUGGAUGGAGAAAUAUGCAAUAUAAACAAACUGGAUCAGAAAAGACGUAUUAAUAUAGCAAAAAUUGAUAAAAUAUUUAAGCAACUGGAAAUGGUACCAUUAUUUGGUGAUAUGCAAGUAGCACCAUUUAAUUAUUUAAAAAGAAGUCCUCAUUAUGAUGCAUCUCGUUGGCCUUUGGCAAGUUCUUCGUCACCAAGUCAACAGUCAGAUUUGUUACAAUAUCUGCCAACAAUAAGAGAUGAUUAUGUUCAUUAUAUCAGUGAAUUAGCAAGACAUAAUAAUGAGGUAACUACAACAGUAAAGGAGACACCAAGAUCAGAUGAAGAAAAUAAAGAAUUGACAGAAUUAGCCUUACGAGGCUUACAGUUAUUAUCAGAUUGGAGUACACAUGUCACUGAAUUAUAUUCAUGGAAACUGAUGCAUCCUACAGACCAUCAUCAAAAUAAGGAAUGUCCUCCAGAAGCAGAAGAAUAUGAAAGAGCAACAAGAUAUAAUUACAGCGAUGAAGAAAAGUUUGGAUUAAUUGAAGUUAUUGCCAUGAUUAAAGGUCUUCAAGUAUUGAUGAGUCGUAUGGAAACAGUGUUUACAGAUGCAAUUCGUCGUCAUGUUUAUGCAGAAUUACAGGAAUUUGUGCAAAAAACACUAAGAGAUCCCUUAAGAAAGACUAUUAAAAAUAAAAAGGAUUUAAUCAGAAGUAUAUUUGUCUCAGUUCGAGAAACUUGUGCUGACUGGAUGAGAGGUAUAGAACCACAAGAUGAUCCUGCUCUGAAAGGAAAAAAAGAUCCAGAAAAUGGACCAUUUGAAAUUAAAGUACCACGCAGAAAUGUUGGACCUUCUAGUACACAACUCUAUAUGGUUCGGACAAUGUUGGAAUCUCUCAUUUCGGAUAAAAGUGGCGGAAAGAGAACAUUGCGGAAAGACAUAGAUGGACCUUAUUUGAUGUUAAUUGACAAUUUCCAUAAAGCUUCUUUUUAUUGGAAUUAUCUCCUCAAUUUUAGUCGUAAGUAAUGUUGUAUUAAUAAACUUCUUUUACCAGAAUUCUCGAAGCAAGUUAUAGUGUCAUUCAAUGCAUUCUAUGCUAUUACUUUAUGUUUUAUUUUUAUUCUCCUCCAGUGUACAGCCAAUCAUAUCCAUACGCAACAUUGUAAGGAUAUCGUAUCACUGGAAAAGCGUACUCAGUUUCCAAUUGAAAUGUCAUUACCUUGGAUUUUGACUGAUCAUAUACUUAAAACAAAGGAUCCUUCUAUGAUGGAGUGUGUAUUGUAUCCAUUAGAUUUAUACAAUGAUAGUGCUUAUUAUGCUCUCACAAAAUUUCGUAAGCAGUUUCUUUAUGAUGAAGUGGAAGCUGAAGUUAAUUUGUGUUUUGAUCAAUUUGUCUACAAGCUUAGUGAUCAAAUUUUUGCAUAUUAUAAGCAUUUAGCUGGAAGCAUUUUGUUAGAUAAAAGAUUUAGGGCAGAAUGUGCUAGUUAUGGAACUCGGUUUAGUUAUCCUCCUGCUAACCGUUAUGAAACACUUUUAAAGCAAAGACACGUUCAACUUUUGGGAAGAUCAAUUGAUCUUAAUAGACUGACUGCUCAGCGUAUUAAUGCUGCACUUCAAAAAUCUCUUGAUUUAGCAAUUAGCAAAUUUGAAGCUGGAGAUAUUACAGGAAUUGUUGAACUGGAAGGAGUAAUUGGUGUCAACAGAUUAGCACACAAACUAUUAAGCAAAUAUAUCACAUUAGAUGAUUUUGAUGCAAUGUUUCGUGAAGCAAAUCACAAUGUUUCAGCACCUUAUGGACGUAUUUGUCUCCAUGUAUUUUGGGAAUUAAAUUAUGAUUUUUUGCCUAAUUACUGCUACAAUGCUGCUACUAAUAGGUGUGUAUUGUAUCCAUUAGAUUUAUACAAUGAUAGUGCUUAUUAUGCUCUCACAAAAUUUCGUAAGCAGUUUCUUUAUGAUGAAGUGGAAGCUGAAGUUAAUUUGUGUUUUGAUCAAUUUGUCUACAAGCUUAGUGAUCAAAUUUUUGCAUAUUAUAAGCAUUUAGCUGGAAGCAUUUUGUUAGAUAAAAGAUUUAGGGCAGAAUGUGCUAGUUAUGGAACUCGGUUUAGUUAUCCUCCUGCUAACCGUUAUGAAACACUUUUAAAGCAAAGACACGUUCAACUUUUGGGAAGAUCAAUUGAUCUUAAUAGACUGACUGCUCAGCGUAUUAAUGCUGCACUUCAAAAAUCUCUUGAUUUAGCAAUUAGCAAAUUUGAAGCUGGAGAUAUUACAGGAAUUGUUGAACUGGAAGGAGUAAUUGGUGUCAACAGAUUAGCACACAAACUAUUAAGCAAAUAUAUCACAUUAGAUGAUUUUGAUGCAAUGUUUCGUGAAGCAAAUCACAAUGUUUCAGCACCUUAUGGACGUAUUUGUCUCCAUGUAUUUUGGGAAUUAAAUUAUGAUUUUUUGCCUAAUUACUGCUACAAUGCUGCUACUAAUAGAUUUGUCAAAGUGAAAGAUAUCACCUUUACCCAACCAGUUGUGCGAGAAAAAACACCAGCUGCUCAACCUCAUUACUUUUGGGGAACUAAAGCAUUGAAUGUUGCUAAUAUGACUAUUUAUGGAAUGUAUAAUGGAUUUGUUGGCUCAUCUCAUUUUGGUGCUAUCUGUAGAUUAUUAGGAUAUCAAGGAAUUGCUGUUGUAAUGGAAGAAUUACUAAAAAUUGUGAAAAGUUUGAUCCAAGGUACAUUACUUCAAUAUACUACUACUCUGAUGAAUGUGAUGCCAAAAAUUUGCAAACUUCCACUUUAUGAUUAUGGAUCUCCAGGAGUGCUGCAGUAUUAUCAAGCACAAUUAACUGAUAUUGUUCAGUAUUCUGAUGUAAAAACAGAAAUGUUCCAAAGUUUUAGAGAGGUGGGAAAUGCACUCUUGUUUUGUCUACUAAUUGAACAAAGUCUGUCACAAGAAGAGGUAUGUGACUUACUACAUGCUGCUCCUUUCCAAAAUAUUUUGCCAAGACCAUAUUGUAAAGAUGGUGAAAAACCAGAAACAAAACUUAAGAGAUUAGAAGCUAAAUAUGCACCUCUGCAAGUUGUCCAAAAUGUUGAAAGACUUGGUACUAGCAAGCAAUCAUCUAUAGCAAGAGAAGGAGAUUUGUUGACAAAAGAACGUCUGUGUUGUGGACUAUCUAUUUUUGAGAUAAUUCUCACUAGAAUUAAAUCUUUCCUGGAUGAUCCUGUUUGGAUUGGAACUCCUCCUAUGAAUGGUGUAAUGAAUAUUGAUGAAUGCACAGAAUUCCACAGAUUGUGGAGUGCACUACAGUUUGUUUAUUGUAUACCUGUUGGAGAGAAUGAAUUUACUGUUGAACAAUUAUUUGGAGAAGGAUUGAAUUGGGCAGGCUGCACCAUGAUAGCCCUGCUUGGCCAACAGAGAAGAUUUGAGGCUUUGGAUUUCUGUUACCAUAUCUUACGUGUGCAGCGUGCUGAUGGAAAGGAUGAAAUGGUCAAAGGAAUUCCUCUAAAGAAAAUGGUAGACCGCAUUCGAAGGUUUCAGGUAUUAAACAGUCAGAUUUUUGCCAUAUUAAAUAAAUAUCUAAAAACCAGCGACACAGAUAAUUUGCCAGUGGAGCAUGUGAGGUGUUUCCAACCACCCAUUCACCAGUCACUGGCAGCAGUCCAGGGAGGUACCACUAUCUACAUGAGACCAGAAGGAAUUGUGCAAUAAACACAUACACAAUCCAAAUGUAAUAUAGUUUUUUUAUAUAUUUAUUUAAGACAUUCCGAAUCUGCCAACUUUUCAUUUUUAUAAAAUUGGUCGACAGUAUUCCCAUGUAGUAUUUUUUUAAACUCGUAAGCUUGUAUCACAUUCGUUGUUAAAUAAACAGUUUUUAUUCAA